UCACUGGUAAGGGCGAGUCCUUAUGAGAGAUGCCCGGCGAAGGCUCUAUGGCCAUUACUUAUGACGUCACUAUCCGCCGUUUCUUAUUGGCAGCGGCUUCUUCCCGUUUUGCUCUCUCGGCACCCGUAGAGACGUCAGCAGUGCCGCCAGGGACUUCAUUGCCGCAGAGAUAUUCACACGUCGCGGGUGUCGAGUUCUGUGCUGGGCGAUGGGGCGCAGAAACCGGCGCAACCGUAAGAGGGAUCAGCGCCCUGCGGUGCAGAGGACGCCCGAGGAAGAGGAGGAGAGGCGCAAGGCCAGAGAACAGGCGGCCUGGGAAAGUGGCUAUGCCGAAAUCAUCAAAGAAAACAAGCUCUUUGAGCAUUACUACCAGGAGCUGAAGAUUGUACCAGACGGGGAGUGGGAGCAGUUUAUGGCUGCCAUGCGGGAGCCUCUUCCAGCUACAAUAAGAAUCACUGGAUACAAAAGUCAUGCUAAAGAAAUCCUACAUUGCCUGAAGGAGAAAUACUUCAAAGAGCUGCAGAAUAUUGAGGUUGACGGCCAGAAGAUAGAAGCUCCCCAGCCACUUAACUGGUACCCUGAUGAGCUUGCCUGGCACACAAACUUGAGUAGAAAGAUAAUUCGCAAGUCCCCUGAAUUGGAGAAGUUUCAUCAGUUUCUUAUCAGUGAGACUGAGUCGGGCAACAUAAGUCGUCAAGAAGCAGUCAGCAUGAUUCCCCCUGUUCUUCUUAAUGUCCAGCCACAUCACAAGAUCCUGGAUAUGUGUGCAGCCCCAGGAUCUAAAACAAAGCAGCUUAUUGAAAUGUUGCAUGCCGACAUGGAUAUUCCAUUUCCUGAGGGAUUUGUGAUUGCCAAUGAUGUGGACAACAAGCGGUGUUACCUGUUAGUUCAUCAAGCUAAACGACUCAAUAGUCCUUGUGUCAUGGUUGUGAAUCACGAUGCCUCCAGCAUUCCUCGACUCCUGGUUGAAAACAACGGUGUCCGGGAAGUUUUAUUCUAUGACCGGAUACUGUGUGAUGUGCCGUGCAGCGGCGAUGGGACUCUGAGGAAGAACAUUGAUGUUUGGAGGAAAUGGACGACGUUAAACAGUUUGCAGCUGCAUGGGUUGCAGAUUAGGAUCGCUACCCGUGGCGUUGAACAGCUGGCAGAAGGGGGGAGGAUGGUGUAUUCAACGUGCUCUCUGAAUCCCAUUGAAGAUGAAGCUGUUAUAGUCUCCCUGCUGGAGAAAAGUGAAGGAUCUCUUGAGCUUGCUGAUGUAUCUUCAGAGCUUCCUGGCUUAAAAUGGAUGCCUGGGAUAACCCACUGGAGGGUAAUGACAAAAGAAGGUCAGUGGUUUGACAAGUGGGAAGAUGUGCCCACGAGUAGACAUACCCAAAUUCGACCAACGAUGUUUCCUCUGGAUGAAACAAAGAUGAAAGACAUGAACUUGCACCGUUGUCUAAGAAUACUGCCACAUCAUCAGAACACGGGUGGAUUUUUUGUAGCUGUAUUAAUAAAGAAGGCUGCUAUGCCUUGGAACAGAAGACAGCCCAAGGCACUGCGGAGGGCUCCCGCUGCUGUGCCAGAUGUACCAGUAGUUACUGAUGUUGCGGAAGAGGUCACAGAAUCAACAUCUGAGCCAGCAAUGGUUACAGCUGAUGUGGAGAAUGAAGGCACCAAACCUGAGAGUGAUUCGGUUAAAAAAGACAGUGUGUGUGGGCCUCCACCAUCCAAAAAAAUGAAGUUAUUUGGAUUUAAAGAAGAUCCAUUUGUUUUUCUGUCAGAGGAUGAUCCAAUCUUUCCCCCUAUACAGAAAUUCUAUGCCCUAGAUUCAUCUUUCCCACAGCAAAAUCUCUUGACUCGCACCCAAGAAGGGAAGAAGAAACAACUGUAUAUGGUCUCCAAGGAACUGAGAAAUGUGCUGCUUCAUAAUAGCGAAAAGAUGAAGGUAAUAAACACUGGCAUUAAAGUGCUGUGUCGGAAUAGUGACGGGGAACAGUAUGGUUGUGCUUACAGGCUUGCACAAGAGGGAAUUUAUACAAUUUAUCCUUUUAUUAAGUCAAGAGUGGUAACUGUAUCUGUAGAUGAUAUCAAGAUUCUUCUCACUCAGGAGAAUCCCUUUCUGAGUAAAUUCAGCAGCGAAACUCAAAAGCAAACUAAGGAUUUAGCUAUGGGAAGUAUCAUCCUAAAAUUUGAGGCAGAUCCACAGAAACCUGACACUCUUCAGUGCCCCGUCGUUCUGUGCGGGUGGCGAGGUAAAACAUCAAUUCGUUCGUUUGUGCCAAAAAAUGAAAGAAUGCAUUACUUGAGAAUGAUGGGAGUGGAAGUUUUCAAGAACAAGGAAACUACAGAAAAGACAUCCACAGAAGCUAAAGCUGGACUGGAUCAGCAGGACACUGAGGAUAUGGACGUUGGUUGCAUGAAAGAAGAUGAAGAAGAAUUAUUGGCAGGGGAUGGGGAUCUAGAUCCUGAGAAUAUUGACAGCAGUGAUGUGAAGCAAGAUGAUGCCUCAGCAUGUACAGAUGAGUCUACUGCCAAUGGCACAAGCAGUGAGAAUCACUAAGAACGUGAACAAUCACUGCAGUGGACCAAGUCGCGAUGUGACUAUUUAGUUUUAUGUAACAAAUAAAAAACAUUUUCUGUAAGUAUUCUUUAAAUUUUCACUCCUGAGGUCAAAACUUGCUAAUGCUCAUUUUAUGUUUUUGUUCUUAAAGAACCAAGAUGAAUUAGUUUCAAAAUAAAAUUCUUAAACUUA